CAGCAUCGAUCGAGCAGCAGCGGCGGCAACAACGACAGCACGAGGCAGCAAGCGUCGCAAGCCCAGGAAUCCCGGGCCCACCGCGCACCCCGUCGCCCCCCGCUUCCCCGCGCCACCCCCGAUUCUUCUCCCCCAGCCCUUGACCAGACCGCGCCCGCCGCCCGGCGUUGAGGACGGCGAUGGAGCUGGGCCCGAGCCUCGCCUCGGCCUCGCCGCCGGCGGGCGGGCUGGCGCCGCCGCCGCCCCUAGCGCCGCCGGGGAAGGAGCAGCAGGUGGCCGGCGUGGGGAUCCUGCUGCAGAUCUCCAUGCUCGUGCUCUCCUUCGUGCUCGGCCACGUCCUGCGCCGCCACCGCUUCUACUACCUACCCGAGGCCAGCGCCUCGCUCCUCAUCGGUCUAGUUGUUGGUGGCCUUGCUAACGUUUCAAAUACAGAGACCAACACUAGGACGUGGUUCAACUUCCAUGAAGAAUUCUUCUUCUUGUUCUUAUUACCCCCGAUAAUAUUUCAAUCAGGAUUCAGCUUAUCUCCGAAACCAUUCUUUGCAAACUUUGGGGCUAUUGUAACUUUCGCCAUUCUUGGGACGUUCAUUGCUUCAGUUGUAACAGGGGUUCUUGUCUAUCUUGGCGGACUGACAUUUCUAAUGUAUAAACUUCCACUUGUUGAGUGCCUUAUGUUUGGUGCCCUUAUAUCUGCAACUGAUCCUGUCACAGUGCUAUCGAUAUUCCAGGAACUGGGCUCUGAUGUUAACUUGUAUGCUUUGGUGUUUGGAGAAUCAGUUUUGAAUGAUGCGAUGGCAAUUUCUCUUUACAGGACAAUGUCAUCUGUUAGAAGUCAUGCAGCAGCAGGCGAGAACUUUUUUAUGAUGAUUCUCCAGUUCCUUGAGACCUUUGUUGGUUCAAUGUCAUCAGGUGUGGGAGUUGGAUUUAUCUCUGCUCUUCUGUUCAAAUAUGCUGGAUUGGAUGUUGACAAUCUGCAAAACUUGGAGUGCUGCCUUUUUGUUCUCUUUCCAUAUUUCUCGUAUAUGUUAGCCGAAGGACUUGGAUUGUCAGGGAUUGUUUCUAUAUUAUUCACGGGAAUGGUUAUGAAGCAUUACACAUACUCCAAUCUUUCAGACAAUUCACAGCGCUUUGUUUCUGCCUUUUUCCACUUACUAUCAUCUUUGGCUGAAACAUUUGUGUUCAUUUAUAUGGGCUUCGAUAUUGCCAUGGAAGAGCAUAGCUGGUCACAUGUUGGCUUCAUUUUCUUCUCAAUUAUAUUCAUAGUUGUUGCAAGGGCUGUAAAUGUCUUUUCUUGUGCAUACUUGGUUAACAUGUCUAGGCCAGAACAUCGCCGAAUACCUCUAAAGCAUCAGAAAGCACUUUGGUUUAGCGGGCUUAGAGGGGCCAUGGCUUUUGCACUUGCUCUCCAAUCUGUGCAUGAACUUCCUGAAGGACAUGGGAAAACGAUAUUCACCACCACUACAGCCAUUGUUGUGUUGACGGUACUUCUUAUUGGAGGGUCGACGGGAACUAUGCUUGAAGCUUUGGAUGUCGUUGGAGAUGAAAACCCAUCAUUAGAGCAUUCUCAGAAUUAUGAGGACAACAACGGUUACAUGCCUCCAACUUAUGAAGAAGGUACAUCAUCUGGGGGAGGAUUAAGAAUGAAACUUAAACAGUUUCACAAAAGCACAACGUCAUUCACUGCCCUUGACAAAAACUACCUGACUCCAUUUUUCACCAGCCAGACUGACGACGACGACGACGAAGACUUCAGUGGGCAACCCCAAAACCGAAGAGUAAGAUUCUAUGAUCAAUAGCAGUAUUUGGGGUUCCACUUAUCAAGCUAAAUACACGGAGCAGAACUGAAAGCAUGAUUGUGUGUACGAUUGGAUUGAACCUAGUAUAGGGCAUACUUAGUUGAGUAGCAUAUGGCAGGCAGAGGAUAUCUGCUGUAUACCGUAGGACAGAAAUCAUAAGGCUCAAAUCAACUCUUAUGGGGAUGAGGAUAGCCGGGCUGCAUGUAUAUGUGUUUGUAGGCCUCCUUGAGAACUUGGUGGAGCUCCAGAUGAAAAGCAGGUUAUUGCUGAAAUUGUCUGGUUGUUAGCCUUUACCGUUAUGCUAAUUUUAAUACCCCAGACAUUAUGAUUGUUUACUAUGCUCGUUGGGAAGCGUUUGUUGUAAAGUGGCAGAUUGCAGCAGCAGUUUCACUGAGUGAAAUAACAGUAUCAUUCAUUCAA